UGACGACAGUUUCAACAAGUGGCUCUUGUUCAUCGUCAUAUUCGAAUUGGAUUCAACUUGAUCAUGCCACCUACGUCCUGGCGUUGUGCCAUGCUCUACGUAGCGGUGUUCAUGUCCGUCGUGUCUGCCGACGACAUCGGCAACAUCGCUGUGGACGGCAACAGCACGUUUGGCAACCGAAUCAACAAAAUCCUGCACUGGGACGGCACCCACAAAAGCCUCAGCGUCGGUCCCAACAUCAUUGCCGGCAUUGCAAUUGCCGUGGGCUUCACCGCCGUCUUCUUUGGCUACCGCCUCAUCCGUCCUGCCGUGUUCGUCGCUGGCUUUGCAAUUGGUUCCAUUGUCUGCUUCAUUGUGUCCGCGAAGAUGUUUCACGACACGUCGCACAUGGAAGCGGCGUGCUGGGUGGCGUUUGCUCUCGGCGGUUUGAUCGUUGGUGCGCUGGCCGUGUGGCUGUACAAAGCUGGCAUUUUCCUCGUCGGCGCCUUUGCCGGCUUACUGCUGGCAACACAGCUCCACACAUCGUUUGGGUAUGCUAUCUAUCCGACGGAACCCCAAAUCGUGCUGAUCAUCCUCUUGGUGCUCUGUGGCGUUGGCAGUGGCAUUGUGGCCGUAAAGGUUGAACGAACAUUCUUGAUCAUUGCGACGGCGUGGGCAGGCGCGGUCACGUGUGUGUGGGGCAUCGGGUUCUUUGCAGGGAACUACCCCAAUGCUGCCAACUUGAAGCAACACGCCGACGCUGACGGGGACUGGCAUGUGAAUGUGCCCAACGUGUGGUGGAGCUACCUGGCUGGCUCGGUCAUGCUGGCCCUCGUUGGCAUGUUCGUUCAGUUCCGCCAGAUCCGACCCACCCAAUCCGGGAAAAAUGUUUAUUCGCGUGCUUUUUAAGCGUUUCAUGCGUGUUUCCUUAAUAUGCGUGUCUUUUCCAACGGCCACCUAAACGAAUAGAGGGAAUUGCGCGUGCAAAUAUUCUGAGAUGCUGUUAAAGGCUGGUCUGGAUACCAGCCACCCCGUAAAAUUAUGCACUAAACGUUUUUGGCAA